AGUGUUGUUUGUAAGUGGACUUUGUUUUGAUUUUUGAUCAAUUUCAUUUAACAAACCUUGCGAAAUAUUUAUUCGGUUUAAAAGGAUCGUAGUGAAAAGAAAAUACUGAGAAAACUCAUCUCGAGUCCUUAAAUUGUCAGUGGUCCAUUCUCAGCGUACAGUUUUAACAGCAUCAACAACUGAAAUCCCUAACAAAAAAGUGAAAAUAUUCCAACUGUGCAAAAAUAGUUGUAGUGGAGAUUCUGGGAUUGAUAUCCGACAUUUGACCCAAUGUUUACAAUCAGCAAUUAUAAUUACGAUUGCUUAAAAAAUUGCCGAAGCCGUUAUCAUGGAGAAACAGUUGCAAGGAAUGUCUUACAUCGAAAGAAUGCAACCGACGAAAAGUUAGCCGCUUUCAUAGCAAAAACUUGCAAAAAUUUUGCAGGAAUUGAUUUUGAGGGCUCUACCAUUCUACAUCUGCUAUCCUCUACGGAACGGCAACCUGUUAUUGAGUGGAUUAUCAAUUAUGGUGCUCAAGUUAAUGCUGUUAAUCCGUCAACAGGCCAAACACCAUUGCACUACGCAAUGGCAUCAGGUGCCAUAGAAAAUGCUGUGCUGCUGCUGAAGCAUGGCGCGUCAAUCGACAUAAGCGACUCGUUUCAAUUGAGACCACUGAACUAUUGCAGAACGCCGAACAAUAAGAAAAUCAAAUUUUCAGCGUACGAAACGUUCGUAUGGGGUUCCAACAAAAAUUACAAUCUCGGCAUCGCCAAUGCGGAGGAAAGAAUCCAUCCACAGCAGCUGGACUAUUUUAAGAAAGAAAAUAUUUUCCUGCUGAGUGCAUCGAUCAGUACGCAUCAUUCGUUGUUUUUGGAUAAUCAGGGAAAGGUUUAUGCUGUCGGUCAUGGCGAACAUGGUCAGCUAGGUAUUGGUGAUAGCAGCACAUUAGUUAUCCCAAAAUUGGUACGGUUACCGAUCAAGAAAACGGAAUGUAUCAUUCGUAUCAGCACAGCUCGUCAGCAUUCUCUGGUGUUGACGAACAGUAAUUCGAUUUAUGCUUGCGGUUCCAAUGAACACAAUCAACUGGGCACAUACAUUGGAAAGUCCAAGAAGACGCCGGUAUUGAAGGAAAACUCAUUUAAAGAAGUGCAGUUUGGUGUAAUACCGGAAUCAGGGAAGAUCCUUGGUGUUAUUGCAAAGGACUAUCACUCGGUGGCAUAUCGGCAAUACUCAGUACAUGCAUGGGGUAAAAAUGGUGGUCAAUUUGGCGCUGUGAAUGGCGAUACAACUGUACCGGUUAAGCUGGAGACCUUUGGGAAUCAGUUGUCGUUGGUGGAAUCCAGCAACGCUGCUAUCGUUUGCUGUACCGCAACAAAUAACAUCCUAAUUUUCCACAAAUACAAAAUGAAAUCUGUUAAGACACCACGUCAUGAGACCGUCAAAGCAAUGGCAAUUUUAGGAGGACAGUUUUGUGGAGUUGACGGUGAUGUUAAAUCAGAUGAGACGCUUAAGAUUCUUAUUUGUACUGAGAGCAAUCAGCUGUACAUUUGGUAUGAGGACAUAAACCAAUACAUUAGAUGCAUCACUCAAUUAAAAAAUUUAAAUCUCACUAAACUGCUGUGGCCACGCGAAAAUCAAAUAAUUUUCGUGGCUAAUGGCAAUUUGAAUAGUGGCACGAUCUCCUUGCAUGAUAUCAAAAAAACACUUCCGGCCGCCGCUGAGGAAUACCAAGAAAUUGUCAGUACAAAGAAGGACAUUUCCACCGUCAAAGAAUUUCAAAUUUCAUUCAAUCGGAUACCGAAAGUGGAUCGAGUUGUAGAGAUUCAAUGUGAUCAGCUAGCCGAGUCGUUUGUCGUUUUGCAGGAACAUUCACAACGAUUUUUAGAUGUGCCCAAGCUAAUUGACGAUCCGUUGAGUUUUAAGAAUUUAAUGGUAGAAGCUUCGGAAAGUGAUUCCAUUCAUGACAUUGUAUUCCACAUCGAUGACGACAUUUAUGUUGCCCAUAAAUUCAUAGUAUUCUCACGAGCGAAAGGACUACGCGACAUUGUGGAAGAGCAGCCAGACAAACACAUUUACUUAACUUCUCCGGGAUUGUCGUCAAAAAUGUUUGAGCUGAUGAUGAAGCAUAUCUACAGCAAUCAUGCACUGACAUUGACUGACGUUGAAGAUAUCGAAACAUCAAUGGGACCAUUUAGUGGCUAUACAAAUCUAGAAAUAUUCGAUCUGUUUCGAGAAUUUGCUGGCAAAUUUGGCUUAUCAAAAUUUGCGGGAGGUGUUUACGCCCAGAGCUCGGCGAAAAAGGACACCACCAUCAAGCUGAACCGUAAAACGUAUACGAGUCUAUAUGACGUCACCAUAGUGUGUGCAAAUAAUCGAGAAAUCCGAGCACAUAAAUGUGUUUUAGUCGCACGAAUGGAGUAUUUCCAUUGGAUGUUCAACAACAAUUGGUCUGAGCGAUCAACCGUUAACCUGACAUCCGUUCCAAUCGAAUAUAUGGAACCAAUAAUCGAUUUCCUGUACUCGAAUGACACGCAACUCAUUAUGUCACAAUCGGCAAACUAUUCGGACAACUAUUUGUACAACAUGAUCAUAAUAUGUGAUCAAUAUUUCCUGAAUCAAUUGAGAAACAUCUUUGAAACAUUGCUAAUUGACCGGCUGACUAUACGGAAAUGUUCUGAUAUGCUGGAAUUUGCACACGAAUACAAUUGUAAAUUGUUGAAAAAAUGUUCGUCGGAAUUCAUCGUACAGAAUAUGGCCCGUGUUUUGGAGCAUCACAUUUUGGACGAGUUGGAUGUGCAACUACUUAAAGAAAUCGAGCAACUCUACCGAAAAGAGUUUAAAAUUAAGGAAGGUGUCCAUGAACUGAGUCUGCGACUCGACAAUGAUGGUCAAUUGGGCGAUGUUUUACUCGAAAGUUUUGUCGAAGAUUUUACAGUCGAUCUGAACUACAAAUGUGAAAUUAAAAAUAAUUUAAAGAUAAAGGAAAGCAAAAAAUCAAAGAAUAGUGCACCGGAUCGUCGUAGCUAUGAAAAGGAAGCUAAAGAAGCAAUUAAAAACUUGUCGAUUGAAUUGAAUGAUACAAACAAGAGAACGGCCCAAGUCAAUCCGUUAAGUUCAGAGGCCGCGAAAAUUGCUGACGAGUUGCAUAGCAAGAUAAAUUGGACAAAAGUUUCCGAGAAGAAAAGCACGAAGAAGAAAGGAUUGCUUCCAAGUCCAAGACUAAAUGAGGUUCUGCAAAAUGAAGAGAAAGAAAAGGAAAAUUUCGUAUCGCUAAGCAAAAAGUCUCCCACAAGUCCAAUAGACAUUCCAACUACAUCCACUUACGAUGACGACGACUCGAGCCUGUCGUCCCGCUCCAAUUUCAGCCUGGGUAAUUUUACUCCAACAAAAAGAAUGACACAGAAACAAAGGAAAAGUUUUACAUUGCACGGCACCAGUAUUGACGAAACAACCGCCGUCGAUAAACAUGAAAGUUCGUCCUCCGUAGAUAAUAAUGUAUGGGGUACCAAUACGUCAACAAACAGUUUUGCUAACAUUAUCAAAUCACCGAACCAAUCAUCAAGUAAAGCAUCACCGAUCAGUACACCCCAAUCUCCUGGUCCGAGCGCCAGCUUCUUCCAGAGUCCACCCCAGACGCCGUCUCCCUUUCUCAACCGAUUACCGAAAUCAAAGUCGACGCCAUGUGAAACGGAAUGUUUUACGAAAAUUUUAAAAGACGAACGCAAGGAGCGCGAGUAUUACGAAAAGCUGAAAUCGAAAUCGUUGAUUCUGACACAGGUGGAGGAGACGGCGAUCGAUGAAUUGAAAUCAUUUUACAACGUUGACAAUGUUUACGAUGAAGCGAUACGAGUGGAACGAGCUAGUCAUAUAAAACCAACGAUGAACUUUGCUGUGUGGCGACGGUAAAUGUUUUUUGUGGUUGGCAAAACUAUUUUAAUUUAAUUUAUUACUAUCGUUGAAUGUUUUAUAUGAUAUGAGCAUUCAAUCAAUUAAAUACAUUUUUAUAAUUCUCGCUGUUAGAAUUUUAAAGAAAAGGAACUAGGUGCAAGAGCAUAUCUGUCUAUUUACUAAUUCUAAUCUGUAAGACGCUUCAUAUUUUAUUAAAAUUUAAAAAUCAAA